AUGGCUGCUACCAAUCUCUCUUCUUUCUCGUCUUCUAUUGAAAAGACUUGUCUUUUCUCUCCAUGCCCAUCUCAAAAGCCCCUCUCCCUCCCUCCUAAAACCCUACAAAAACCCUUCUUUUCCUCAAAACCCUCCUCUUCUCGUUUCCUCUCCCACACCCAUAAAAACCCUUCCAAGCUCCUCUCCAAAAUCCCAAUCUCAGACAUAGUCUCCUCUGCAAAAGACCCAGAUGAGUUUUACAUCAGUUGUGAUGAGAAGCCCAGAGAGGAAUGCGGGGUUGUGGGUAUCUAUGGCGACCCUGAAGCCUCCAGACUCUGCUACCUCGCUCUUCAUGCCUUGCAGCACCGAGGACAAGAAGGCGCCGGCAUCGUCUCCGUUAGCAACAAGAUUCUGCAUCUUUUUACAGGCGUCGGCCUCGUUUCCGACGUCUUUGAUGAAAACAAGCUCGAUCACCUUCCCGGUGAAUCUGCAAUCGGGCAUGUCCGGUAUUCUACUGCCGGCUCUUCCAUGCUUAAGAAUGUUCAGCCGUUUGUGGCCGGUUAUCGGUUUGGGUCUGUUGGGGUUGCCCACAAUGGCAAUUUGGUGAAUUAUCGCUCUCUCCGGACCAUGCUCGAAGACAAGGGUUCCAUCUUCAACACUAGCUCAGAUACAGAGGUCGUCCUCCAUUUGAUUGCGAAGUCAAAAGCCCAGCCUUUCUUUCUCAGGAUAAUUGAGGCUUGUGAGAAGCUGGAGGGGGCGUAUUCCAUGGUUUUCCUGACGGAAGACAAGCUUGUUGCAGUGCGUGACCCAUUUGGUUUUCGUCCUUUGGUCAUGGGGCGGAGGAGCAAUGGAGCUGUUGUAUUUGCCUCCGAGACCUGCGCGCUCGACCUGAUUGAAGCGACUUGUGAGCGGGAGGUGAAUCCUGGGGAAGUGUUGGUGGUUGACAAAGAUGGGAUUCAGUCGUUUUGUUUAUUGCCCCACCCCCAACCAAAGAACUGCAUUUUCGAGCAUAUUUACUUCUCUUUACCCAAUUCAGUGGUCUUCGGCCGGUCGGUUUACGAAUCCCGGCAUGCAUUUGGGGAGAUACUGGCUACUGAAGCUCCGGUGGACUGCGACGUUGUGAUAGCUGUCCCGGAUUCCGGGGUGGUUGCUGCGCUUGGAUAUGCUGCCAAGUCUGGAGUUCCAUUCCAGCAGGGACUGAUAAGGUCACACUAUGUUGGGAGGACAUUCAUCGAACCUUCCCAGAAGAUCAGAGACUUCGGAGUGAAGCUCAAGCUUUCGCCCGUCCGGGCGGUGUUGGAGGGGAAGAGGGUUGUGGUUGUGGAUGACUCCAUUGUCAGGGGGACAACGUCUUCAAAGAUUGUUAGGUUGCUCAAGGAGGCUGGAGCAAAGGAGGUUCACAUGAGGAUUGCAAGCCCACCGAUUAUAGGGUCUUGUUAUUAUGGCGUGGACACUCCCAGCUCAGAGGAGUUGAUCUCAAAUAGGAUGACAGUAGAGGAAGUCAACAAUUUUAUUGGUUCUGAUUCUCUUGCAUUCCUUCCACUGGAGAGCUUGAUGAGGUUUCUUGGAGCUUGUGCUCCCAACUACUGCUAUGCUUGUUUCUCUGGGUAUUACCCUGUUCCACCCAAGGAUGUUAAGGUGAAGAGGGUGGGGGAUUUUGUGGAUGAUGGGGUGAAUGGGAGCUUAAAUUGUAUAGAUGAGGAAUGGGUCCAAGCAUCCAGAGAUGUUGCAAUGAGGAAGGUUAAUGCAUCAAGGUAGUUGUCUGCAACUCUCCCAAUUCAUGGUGUGGACGAUUAUGUGUUGGAUGAAGUAUUUAGCUAGUCUCCUGUCUGUGUGUGAGUCGGAGUAUCAGUCAGAUAUAUGACAUAUUUAUGCGUCUGUUAGCCAAAUUUAGGUUACAGAAUCUGAAACUAGGAGGUGGUAUUUUUCUGCUUCUACUUUUCAUUUAGGUACCUUUCUUGAUGGAUUAUUAUAGUAAGCUAUGAAAUUAAUAAUGGAAUUUCUCCCCGCUAUAGCUUUCAGCGUUUACUUUCUAA